AUGCCGCGCGUGGCCAAUCCCUCCAAGAGCCAUCGGCGCUCCAAUGGCGCCUCGACGCCGCACAAAAACUCUCCCAUCAAGAUUCCCCUCAAUGAUGACAUGGGAGAGAAGGCGGCUCGGUUGCAGUCGCGACAAGCCCUCCAUGACCGCCAGAUGGACCAGAUCAAGGCUGCCGUCAAGACGCCUAUGCCCCCGCGCAAGACCACCCACGACCGCGCCGGCAGUAACAGUCCUCUCACGCCACGAGGUUCGGCCCGAGGGAGAGAAAGCGACGUGGAUGGCCGUGGCAGAGGUGCCACGCCGAUGAAGAGAGUGCCGAUCUUAGCCAAUUUCGAGGAGUGGAUGAAGAUGGCGACCGACAACAAGAUAAAUGCGAGUAAUUCGUGGAAUUUCGCCCUGAUUGACUAUUUUCAUGACAUGUCCCUGCUCCGUGAAGGCGAUGGCGUGAAUUUCCAGAAGGCCAGUUGUACUCUUGAUGGCUGUGUGAAGAUCUACACAAGCCGAGUUGACAGUGUCGCAACGGAAACUGGAAAACUCCUGAGCGGUCUGGCCGAAAGUCGGGAUCGCAGGGCCCAAGAGACGGAGGCCGAGGGUGCGGAGGGAGAGGACGAGGAAGAGGAAGAAGAAGGCGAGGAUGGAGAGAGGAGAAAGGCCAGGAAGAAGACGCAACGGUCACAUGAAGCUACUCUCGCGCCGUCCUUCGCAGCAUUACAGCUGAAAAAAUUUGAACUUGAGUUUGCUGUAGACCCAUUGUUUAAGAAGAUGUCGGCGGACUUUGACGAAGGAGGAGCUAAAGGGUUGCUGCUGAACCAUCUGUCGAUUGAUGGGCAAGGACGCAUCGUAUUUGAUAGCAGUGACGAUGUGGACGAGACAGCUGCAGAAGCAGAUCACAAGGAGGGGGAUGAGUCGCAACGAAGCACAGCGGAACCUGAGGAACCUGGAUCUCCCUCACCUCGUCCCAGGAAGGAAACCGAAGAGGAACCGAUGGAAAUUGACCUGGCUCCGCUAGCCAACAAAUUCUUUCCCGAUCUCGGCCGUCUCGACGAACAGGACAUAUGUCCAUCCCUCAAAAACUUCGAUUUGGGCGACCCGAGCGGUUCCCUUGAUAUUCCGCUGUUGAAAGCUCCGGAAGAGUGGCGUCACGAUAAGCCCAAUGAGGAAACCGGCAGGAUGGGAGACGCUUCCGGGAUCAUGCUCGACGACGACAAUGCGGUCGGCUUCGAUGAUGACGACGCGACCUUUGCAGGAUUUGACAUUGGUGAAGACGCCGGCUUCGGAGAAGGAGGCGAGGUCUGGGCCCGAGAGGCGGCGCUGGAGCCAAUGCUCAAAGUGCAUCGGAUGGACAUUGAUGGGGACGGUCAGGACGGCGAGGGUGAAUUUGAUCAGGAUGAUGCCUAUGCGGUGUCCCUCUCUCACCAGCCGGCGAACAAAGAGCACGAGAACAUUCUCAGCUACUUUGAUAAUGCACUGCAAAAGAACUGGGCGGGCCCCGAGCACUGGCGAAUCCGAAGAAUCAAAGAGAAUGCUGCUGCCAAUUCGACGACUGCGGCGCCCAAGCCGCGCAAGGAAAAGGAGCCCUUUGAGAUCGAUUUUUCUGCGCCCCUGGACCCUGCGGUAGCAGAGUUGAUCUACACCCAAGCCAGCUCCAACUCGGCCAUUUCGAUGCCUAAGGCGCAAUGGAAGACAAAGGGACGCAACCUGCUUCCAGAUGAUAAACACUUCAACUCGCAGCAGUUGUUGCGUCUCUUCCUUAAACCCAAGGCCCGCAUGGGCUCCAAGAGAGUCCUUGGGGUCCGCAAGACGAACGAUUCGCGGCAACAAAAUCAAAUGCCGGCUGCCGGGGAGAUGGACGAGGCGUUCUGGGCCAACCACAAGCCCGAAAACGACACGACGGCAGCGGAGGAGGGCGCAGCGACCGGCACGUACGAUGCCAACUUUUUCAACGAUGAUGAUGGUCUCGCGUUCCCCAACGGUCUGCCCCUGGGUGACGACGAUGACGAUAACGUGCCGUUCGCAGAUGCACGGGAAAUGUUCUCUCCCCCUGGGGAUUCCGACGCCCGUCCCACGACGUCCGCUGGCGACGGGGCCGGAGCGUCCGGACUGACGGCGCUCUUGAACACGGUGGGCGCGACUCCUGGUUCCGCCCUCCACGGUGGAGGAUUUGGGUCGCAGCUUGUCACCCAAGGAGGACGCCGGGUACGGCCCGACUACGUCGCGUACGCGCGGGUUGCGAAGAAGGUCGACGUCCGGCGCUUGAAGGAGGAGAUGUGGAAGGGCAUGGGAGAUCGAUUAGUCGAGUCGACCGACUUCAACUCAGCGUCGGAGGCCGCUGCCGUCACUGCUCCCCCUCCGGAACCGGACGAAGAUGACAUGCCACCGACGCCCACACCGAAGAACCGUCAUCCUGAACCUGCGGCUGGGAACACAACCCCGGCGGAAAAGGACGGUCGGUUACGCUUUACGACCGUGAUGAAUUCACUCAAGAACGUAUACCCGGAACAAGCGCUGCGGGACAUUAGCACGUCGUAUGGCUUCAUCUGUCUCCUCCACCUGGCCAACGAGAAGGGCCUUGUCCUGCAAGGAGGUGAUCCGUUCAGCGAGGGAGACGGCAACUUGGAAGAGAUUUAUAUUUCCAAGGAUGUUGGAGCGGUGAUCGAGAAUGGGGCGAUGUAG